GCCGACGACGGUGCAGGACCCUCACACGCCCGGCUCGGCCCGCGACACGGACUCCGUCGCCUUCCCCCGCACGGAAAGCAGCCGCGCAGUCAUUCGCCAUGGCGUCGCUGAAGCACUACGGGAGCACGAGCAGUCUUGGCAGCAAAGGCAGCCUCUCCAACCUGCUGAAGGACGGGGUCGACAACUUGGAGGGCUCCAUCACUAAGAAGUGGCUUUCCUGGAUGUUACGGCGCCGUAUGCAGACCAGUGUCGGAAGGGUGAAGACAGCUGAGGCCAAUAGUUUUGUGGACGCGACCGUCGAGCAGACCAGGGAGCUGGUGAAAAACGAAGGCCACGAAGUCAUGAAGGUGCCCAACGACCAGACGGUGUUCGAGGAAAAGUUCUUGUUCUUCCGCGUCUCCGCCUCGGUGACUUUCCAGUCCUCCUACCUCAAGGGCCUGACUUCACUGGAACGGAUAGGCGAUGCUGUCUUGGAGCUGGACGGCGACUGGCUCACUCUGCAGACCGCGCUGGCUGCGGACCAGAUAGAGUGCUUCUCCACGUGCGCAGCCCGGUUCAUGGACAUCGGGCCCACGUUCGAGCUGACGGCGCUCGUGGACGCCGUCACCCUCAAGGUCAAGGCCCGCAUCAACACGGCCACCACGCAGGUCAUCAUCUGCACCUGCGAGCUCGUCCACGUCGGGGACAUGGUGGUGAGCGAGUCGGGCGAAGUGCUGCGCGUGGUGCCCGGCGGCCAGGCUGAUGACGGGCAGGACGCCGCCGCCUUCCCACUUACCUCGCUGCUCGCCGUGGUCAGCGAGCUCUUCGUGUCGCGCUGCCGGGACAACAUCAUACAGCUGUUCGAGUGCGAGGCGCAGCGGCAGUUGCUGACGGCGCUGCAGCAAGCCGACCUGGAGCGCUUGGUCGGCAUGUACGGCCGCAGCUACUUCCGGAGCGCCGCUGAGCCCGAGCCCAAGCUGCCGGCGCCCUGAGGCUCCGGACGCUGCUCAGGCGGACGCCGCUCGUGACCGGGGACGGGCGGAGCACGCGCGCGCAGGCCGCUUCAUGGUGAUCUGCCUGCGGUAGUCACUUGACGCGGCCUCGUGUCAUCUCCGAAGCUGUAGCGUCUCGACCCUCAGUGCUCGAUGUAAUCCUUUAUCAGGCGAGAUACUGUGAGAUUGGCUUGUUUCGAAUGUGUGUUAUGUAUUGCUUUGACUGCAUUAUCGAAUGUGGAGACAACGUGUCGAAAAGAAGCAGCAUGAAUGGUCUGUAAGUGUCAUGACCAGCCAAAGACACAUCGUGUGUCUGUGGCCCGGAAGUGGAAUUGGUUUCAUUAUUGCUCCCCUGCCCGCGUUCGGCGUCAGGAGGCGGACACUUUGAUGUGCCGGCAUAAACUCUCACAUGCACUGCUGUCGACCUUAAAAUUCGCUUGUCAGAUUGCUGAUAUGUUUGAGCUCUUCUAAUAAACGUAUGCCUUCGUCGAAUUUAACCAUCAACGGCAUUGCUUUAUCGCAUAGCCAUUGGUCUCGGGAUUGCCGGCAAUGAUAAGCAGGUCUAGCCACUUACCUCCACUCGCUUUUGUCACGUGCUGUUUACCAUGUCUGUCGGCUCUCCAAUUAUCGAUCGCUGGAAUGAUUCAUCGCCAUGCGUCACAGCUCAGGCCCAGGCUUGGCCGCUUGCCUCGCCGGCAGUCCGCUGCCUGAUCCGGGCCGCUCGUGUCGAUAAAGAGAGCUCGAUGUGACCGACAGCAGUCGUCUACAUGCUCACAGCUACCUCUUCAACGCCUUCAGCUGAUGGUCCGUUAUUCUACGUGCAGAUGGUUCAUGCAUGUCUCUGCGUUGUCGAUGACUCGCCAAUAAAAUGGAAA